AUGGAAGAUCUCACAAAGAAUUUUCAAGACUGCAACGUCAACGAUGAGCCUAAGAAAAAGCUCGGGCUCGUUCCACUUGCUCCAAAAGUGGACCGUAAUCCGGAAGGAACUCCAGUGACUCUCCACACCAACUUGAGAAAACUCAGUAAAUGUGGAACCCAACACCCCUGUUUACAACUAUUCGGUGAAAAUCUUAUACGUCUUCUCGACAGCCGACGACAAAGAAGCCACCAUCGAGUUCUCCAAUUUCCAAGAAACUGGAGCAAAACAGGACAGAGCCAGACGUUUCUGCCAACGAGCUUUCACGGAGGCCCUUCAGCUUUGUCCAGAGCUUCGAACUGUCGGGACUACAUACUACGAUCGCCAAGCCUCUUUGUACAGCCUUCAAAAGCUCAAUCCAAGAAGGAAAUUGAUAUCACUAUCCAAAAGAAGGUCUCAUCUGCAAGAAACUUCGUUCGAGCUGAGUUCAAACUCGCAGCAGUUGCGGAGACCUACCAGGCUACUAGCAACGACAUGAAGAGGAUUGCAAACGCAUGUCCUGCAUUGGCCGACAAGACGUUCCCAGAAGCCUUGAGCAUCUUCAUCUCGGGACCAGCCUACGCCAACUCCAAUGUUAUAACAAUAAAUGGUUGCGUCCACUACCUUCUCGACACUUCUGCUAUUGGCUUCUUCAAAGAUCUUUAUUUCCCUGAAGGAGGAUUAUACACUGCGCUAGGAGCCGCAAAAGGGAUCAAGUAUCUUGAAGGAAAAGACAAAAACGCGAGCCUCUACAUGGCAACUGAACUCAAAGUGACAUUGUUCCACCCGGAUAACAUCCCACUUCCGGAGCUGAUUUCUCAAUACUUGGGGGGUCUUGAUGAGAGACUAUCCGCGACUUCUAAGGAUGGACUCUACGUAACUCGCGCUCUGAAGGGCUGCGAAUUCUACUUAAACUACUCAAGGAGCGAGACCGUCAGCGACUUUGAGGACAACUUGGUCGUCAAGUUGCAUGGUUUCUCAAAUAGCGCUACAAACAGCUUCUUCGAGCGUGAGGAAAGUUCGAUUUCGGUUGCUGAUCAUUUCCGAGAAAAGUAUAACAUUCAAUUGAAGUACCCUUCACUGAUGACGGCUCUUGCCAAACCAAAGGGUGGAAGAUUGAUGGUCUUGCCUGUGGAGCUGCUUGUGCUUUGCCCAUCACAGAAGGUCACCAAUGAACGUAUGGUCAACAACGAACAAUCUGAGCUCAUUCGGAUGUCUGCUGCCGAGCCAAACAUCAGGAAGGCAGCAACUGAGGAUGUGGUUAAAGCCGUCGGGAUUGCAUCAAGUAAUGUGCUCGGAUUCAUUGGAGUUGGUCAACCAGAGACGGUCAACGGAAUCGUUUUAGCCAAGCCAAAGAUUACUUUUGCCGACAAAAAGGUUGCCUCCCUCAACGAUCCGAGCGCCAAAGUUCCCACCGACUUCCGAAGAGCUGGCAACUUUUUCGAACCAAAGUCUCUUCAAAAAUGGGAAAUAUGCUAUGUUGAAUGCCGCGAGAUGCCAGGAGUUCCAGAAGAACUUGUUCGCAGUAUGGCUGGAAACGGAAUGAGCGUAUCGAAACCAACUGUCCGGAGCAUUCGUGAGCAAGAAGUUCAGAAAGUGUUUGAAAAUGCUAAACAAGCCAACUAUCAACUGAUCUUCUUCAUCAUCCCGAAACACUUUAACUCAAAAAAACCUCAUCUUCUCAUGGCAACUGGAAAAAAAAUUUAA